GCCUGGGGAGGCCCUUUGUCCUCUGUCAGUGUCCCUGGGCAGAGGAGACCACAGCAGAAGAUUCAGACCUGGCUCUCCAAGGACCCUCCCUCUAACGCAGCUGCUUGGACACAAUCUCUGAGCUGGACCAUGGUGCUGGCAGUGGGAUGGGUCAUCUUCUUCCUGCCGGGGCUCUGGGUGCUCCUGGAACCAGGCCUGUGCUCCCCUGGCCGCCCCAUGUGGCACUAUGCUGAAUCUGAGGAGGUGAUUCCUAGGAAGGGGAUGCACCCUGGCAAAGGUGUUGAGAUGCCAGGCUGGGUCUUCUACAGCCUGCACUUUGGGGGCCAAAGACACGUCAUCCACCUUCGGAGCAAGAAAUUUAUUUGGCCCAGACACCUGCUAAUGAUGACCCAGGAUGACCAAGGAGCCUUGCAGAUGGACUACCCCUACAUUCCAACAGACUGUUACUACUUUGGCUACCUGGAGGACAUCCCUCUGUCCACUGUCACCAUUGACACGUGCUACGGGGGCUUGGCAGGUGUCAUGAAGUUGGAUGACCUGACCUACGAAAUCAAACCCCUCCAGGACUCGCACAUAUUUGAACACGUUGUUUCUCAGGUAGUGGCCGACUACAACACUACAGGGCCAACUCCAUACAGACAGGAACAAAACAAGGGCUCACACCUCUUGCUCUCUGUCUCUGAGGUAAGCCGCCUUGCAGCUCCCAGGGUGUCAACUACGGGGUAUCCUGCCCAUGCAUUCCGUUUAAAGGAUCAUGUUCAGAUUACUCAUGGCAUGUUUAGGCUGCUCAACAGUAAUAUGUCAAGAACUGUAGAAUUUGUGCUGCGCAUGUUCAGUGUUGUUGACAGCCUUUUCAAAACACUUUAUGGUGGAGUUUAUGUUAGCCUUCUGAGCGUAUAUAACAUACAAGAACCAGUGAACUCUUUCAAUGAUUUUUGAGUUUCAGGAGGUCCAUUCCAUACUUAUUAUUGUGGUUUUUUUAACACAUUGCGUCCUGAUGCAUCCACAGCUAUCACACCACAGGACCCCGAGAACAUGAUAGAAAAUCUUCAAUAUUACACAUUAUGCACCCAUUUGAAUUUUAUGUAUGUUUCCUUCCGAGGCAGACAUUACCUACAAUUAGCUCUUAUGAGUGCACAGGGCCAGGGGAGAAUGCUUGGGCUUUAUUAUGCUUCACAUUGCACAUGCAAUAGAAGAACCACCUGUGUAAUGCAUGCUUUCUUGCAAUUGACAGACUCCUUCAGCAACUGUUCCUUUAUGCAUUUUCAAAACAUACAAACUCAUGGAGGUGCAAGAUACUAUUUUUCACUGCAGUAUGAGUACUUCAAUAAAACCCUGCUACAGGUACGCUGUGGCAACUCCGAGGUGGAAGGAAACGAGCAAUGUGACUGUGGCUCCUUUAAGCAGUGUUAUGCCAACCGAUGUUGUCAAAAUGACUGUCGGUUCUCAUUUGGAAGUGUUUGUAAUAAAGAAAAAUGCUGCACAAACUGCACCUACUCCCCUUCUGGAACUCUCUGCAGACCCAUCAUGAACCCAUGUGACCUUCCAGAAUACUGCACCGGGUCCACCAUCACGUGCCCUGAAGAUUUUUAUAUUCAAGAUGGAGCACCGUGCACUGAGGAGGGCUACUGCUACCGCGGGAGCUGCAGUGACCCCAGUAUGCACUGCAAAGAGAUCUUUGGCGAAGGUGUACAUAAUGGUCACGACAGCUGCUAUGAAGUGAACACCAUAGGGUUCCGAUUUGGCUUUUGUGUUAGAUAUCCUGACAGCAAUCGUUUCAGAGCGUGUUCUCAGGAAGACAGGAAGUGUGGGAGGCUGCAGUGCACCAAUGUCAGCACUGUCCCCAAGCUGCAGCAACAUGUUUCCUUCCACCAGUCUUUGUAUGAUGAUGUCUUCUGCUUCGGGUUAGAUGAACACCGUGGGACUGGAGCCAACGAUGUUGGACACGUGAGAAAUGGCACUCCCUGCGCUGACGGCCUUUUCUGUAUCAACUCCUUUUGCAAUGGGUCGAUAGAUGAACGGCAGUAUGACUGCACCCCUGAGAAGUGCAGCUUCAGAGGAGUUUGCAACAAUAGAAAGAACUGCCACUGCCAUGUGGGCUGGAGGCCCCCACUGUGCCUCAGUACUGGUCCUGGUGGGAGUUCAGACAGCGGCCCCCCACCCAGAAGAGUCCGUAAAAUAAGAAGCAGCCUGGGACCGAUCUACGUUUGGAGAGUGAUCCUGGGUUGUAUUUGUGCUUUAAUUUGUGCACUGCUCUUCGGGGUAGCCACAAACGUACGAACCGUUAAAAUUACCACGAUCAAGAAACAAGAAAUCCCUGAAAAACCUCAACCACAGUAGAGUGGCAGUUGGCCUCCGGACCCCUGUGCAAAUGUAGAGACUGUAAUGGGAACUUCUGUGACUCAGUGGGAGAAGCUACACUG